AUAACAAUGUUUAAAUAACGAGCAACACCAUUAUAUGCAUCAGUGAUUUAUUUUCAAUUAACAUGGUUAACACGAAUGUACUGUCCAGCUCAGUUUUAUUCUCAAGUGAUGAGUUGAAUAAAAAAAAAUAUUAAUGAUCCGUUUCAGUGAAAAAUUAGGUGCAGCUCAAAUAGAAAAGGAACACAGUUAAAGAAGUCGCUCUGAAAACAAUGAAUAUGUUACCAGCCACUGUUUUGCUCGCCGUUGUAGCAGCAACCAUUUUGAAGGAUAGUGACGCUUACUUGAGCGAAGAGGCCAUUAAAAAAACACAAAAGAUGUUGAAAAACGUAUGCUCCAAGAAACAUUCAGUUGAAGAAGAGGUAUUUACUGACAUCAAGAAAGGAAUAUUUCCCGAGAACAACAACAACAUAAAAUGUUACUUUGCCUGUAAUUUCAAAACUAUGCAAAUGGUCAAUCAAAAGGGAAUACUUGAUAAAAAAAUGUUCAAAGACAAGAUGACGAUGUUGGCCCCGCCGAAUGUACUCGCAAUUUUAUUACCACCCAUUGAACAAUGUAUCGGAAAUGAUAAGGAUACAGAAAUAUGUCAGUCUUCGUACAAUUUCAUAAAGUGUGCACACCGUGUUGAUCCCAAAAGUUUAGAAUUUCUACCACUCUAGACGUCGUCACCUUCAAUCAGCAGCUGAUAAAUUACGGGUACAAAGGAACAUUAAGAUUUAUUAUCCGAAAUGUUUUUUUUUACAAUAUGAUUUAUAUAAUUUAUUGUAGAACAUUGUCUGUGUAUUAAAAAUUCAAAUGUACGUUACAAUA